CAUAUUCGCAAUAAAAAAGUGAUAAUUUCUAGGGUUUAUAUCAAAACCCUCAUUCAGCAUCCCAGUGUCUUUUUCGUGCCCUAAGAAAAAUUAGGGCUUGUUGUAAGAUUUAGCAAUGAGGUUGGAAAAGUGCUGGUUUUGUUCUUCUACUGUAUAUCCAGGACAUGGUAUUCAGUUUGUACGGAAUGAUGCAAAGAUAUUUAGAUUUUGUCGAUCAAAAUGUCACAAGAAUUUCAAAAUGAAGAGGAAUCCUCGUAAGGUGAAGUGGACAAAGGCUUAUCGGCGGUUACAUGGCAAGGACAUGACUCAGGAUGCAACAUUUGAGUUUGAGAGGAAACGUAACAGACCAGAGAGGUAUGACCGAAACCUCACAGAGAACACACUCAAGGCCAUCAAGGUUAUCGAUAAAGUCAGAUCCCGCAGGGGGGAAAAGCACAUUCAGAACAGAUUGAAGGUUAGGGUUGCAAAGGACAGAAAGGAGGCCAUAAAGGAACUUGACCAGCAAAUCCACAUACUCAUAGCCCCGGGUGCGACGGUCAAAGGUGCAUCGGCUGCUACAACAUCGCCCAAGGUCCCUGUUAAAGUUCAACAGGAAUCCAAUGAAAAUCGCAUGGAAGAAUGAAUGAUUAUAAUUUAUAUUGCGUGAUUUUUGUAUCGGUUUGAAAUGUUACUCGUUACUCUUGAACUUCGAUUUACUCUACAAAUAUGUUAGUUUUAUGAAGAUCUGAAUUGUUUGUCACAUUAUUGUAUUUUUGAGAUAGAUUAUGCAAA